AUGAGGCUGGGACUCAGAAGCCUGGCGGCAACAACCCUGGCUCUCUUCCUGGUGUUUUCUCUCUUGGGAAAUUCCAGCAGUGCACCACAGAGACUCUUGGAGAGAAGGAACUGGACUCCUCAAGCUAUGCUUUACCUGAAGGGCGCACAGGGGCGCCGCUUCAUCUCAGACCAGAGUCGGAAGAAGGAGCUCUCCGAGCGGCCGCCGCCGGAAAGACGAAGUCCAAAUGCCCGACUACUAACUCUCCCGGAGGCAGCAGCUCUGCUAUUGGUUUCCUUGCAGAAACCACAAGAAGGUACAAAAGAAAACCUUGAUCCAACCAGAUUUCUGGACGACAGUCUGCUAAACUGGUGAAAAUACACCAAAUUGAAUGCAGUUACAGUUCUGUUCUUGUUGAAGACAUGAAGCAUGUAAAUAAAACUUGUGGACUCUUUUUGCUUCAUUUGCGGUCUUAGGAACAGGCACAACUAGUUUAAUUCUUCUAGAAGCAAAAGUAAGGUGGAGUUCCUAGCUUGGAAUAUCAUUGCCUAUAAUUAUUAUUAUUAUUAUUAUUAUUAUUAUUAUUAUUAUUAUUUAUUAUUGCUUCAGGUCCUUCUGUCUUAGAUCACCUUCUGUCUUACUCUCGAAUUUUUUUAGAUUAUAAGACUGAAUACUCCUGAUAGUGUUCUUUUUGUUACAACAGAUACCCUCUUGAUUUAAUAUUAUUAGUUGUUGGUUUUCUCAUCCUGUCACCCAACUUGCAUUGUCUUGUCGUCACUCAGCAGGGACUCUCCUUCUCCUUGUCUCCCUUCCCCACGUCCAAGGAGGGUGGCGGGAAAGCAUGGCAGGAUGAGAAAGAGUAGAGUGUGAUUCUCUUAGCAGCUCACCCAGAUUAAGUUAUGCAGGGAAGGGGUGGGAUGGACAGGAAGGAAGCCCUGUGAUUGGAACACUCAGAGCCAUGGCUGGGAGAGGGACCUUCAGUGAGGCUGGAGAAGCUUGGAGCUCCCCCUUGUGCUCUCUGGGAUCUCCCUGAAUUCAAUUUAGAAACAUGGAUCUGAAAGUUACUGGAAAAUCAGCAGAUGAGAUACCCUCUGUUCCUCUGUACCCCAGUUUUUUAGAGGUAACCCAUUUUCCAUGGCUAAACCGACUCAAAGACUGCUUACUCCAAUGGACUAGAACGCUAGGCUUCUUUUGACAUCAAAACAUUAUGUAAAGACACCCUGACAAAGCAUGGUACAAUGUCUAAUUUACUUCUUUUUAAAGUCAACUUGGGUUCAAUACUAUCUGAAAAAUAUAUACACACAUAUACCUACAAUAAGCAUAAUGAUAUAUUUAUUUGUAAACACAAUAUGGCCAACUUGUUAAUUUUUUUGACAUAACUAAUUGAAAGUUGUCACUGAUAAAUGUCAUAACUAGAAAGUAUUGUUAAUUCUUAUUGUCAUCAAUAUAUAGCCAUUAUUCAGUAGCUGAAGAAUAUCCUUAUGUGAAUGCCUAUAAUUGGAAUUACAAUUUGACUGUGUUAAAUAACCAAAACCCUGCUUAUAAUGUUUGUCUGUAACUUGUUUCAUAAUUGAAAAUGCAACUAUAUUCAAGUUAAUGUAACAUUGACCUCUGACAAAAAAAUAUGCUAGCAUUAAAAAAUCUAUGUGGCAUCAUAGUAGACACCUGUCAUUAAUUAUGAUUUGAUUUUAAAGUGGAUUUUCUAGACAGUGCAUAUAUCCAGUUUAUUGAUAAUUCUUUACUCAUCUGACAUAGAUUUGUACAUAUUGGCUAUUUAAACAUUAUAUCUAUUCCCAGACCUUUUUAAAAACAUGUUUGUUGAUUUUUAGAGAGACGAAGGGUGAGAGAGAGAGAGAGAGAGAGAGAGAGAGAGAGAGAGAGAGAGAGAGAACAAGAAACAUCAAUUUGUUGCCUCCCAUAUUCGCCCCAACCAGAGAGUUGGGGACCAAACCUGCAACCUAGGAAUGUGCCCUCACCGGAAAUCGAACCCUCAACCUUUUGGUGUAUGGGAUCAGGCUCCAACCAACUGAACCAUACCGGCCAGGGCUAUUCCCAAAACACUUUUAAAAUCUAUCUUAUGAAGUAAUUCUUCCAACAGUGAACUAAAACAAUCUCAAGUAUUUUGCCCCAAAACAGAGUUUUUAUAAGCUGUCUACAUGACCAGUUAAAAUAAUACCAGCUCCAUGUAUUAUAAGUAGUUGAAUUCUUCUGCUGUACAGAUAUGCUGAUUAGCACAGUCAUUGCAUAAAGGCCCCCAUACCCAGUUUGCUGUAACUUUCUAUCUCUCUGCAAUCCUUUUUACUUCUGGUGUGUGUGUGUGUGUGUGUGUGUGUGUGUGUGUGUGUGUUGUUUUUCAACACUGAAAUGAACAAAUGAUCAGGGAUCAACAUUUUUCACAUUGUGUGGCUUGGAUUUUAAAAUUGGGAAUAACCUGCCUCCCAUGCAUGCACUACCCCACCUCCAGGUCGGACUUUGAAGCCACUUUUAGCACAGUUCCAGUUGCUCUUCCCCGUUUAGCCUCUCUAUCCUCUCCCCGCUGUGGCUAU